GUAAAGAGAGACCACAAAGGCAGUUAAAACGUGGACAUUUAAGGAAGACUUCAUACAGUUUGGAGACGUGAGGUGUCAGUUCAGCAGGCGAAAGCCAAUUCAAAGUAAUCGCAUGGCCGUGAUUGUGGUCCCGAAAUCCUGGUAGACGAAAAACUCCCUGAAUCAAGCACCCUUGUACUAAAGACAGCUUUGAACUUUGGAAUAUUCAUUUCAAAUCAAGGUACAGCUGAUCUUUAUAAUCAUUGGAGAGAAACUUGAGAAAAGUGAAAUCCGAAUGUCUGAAUCUGAAAGACAUCGAAACUUCAACAAAGAUUGCACUGAACAGAGACACCACAAAGCCGAACCGAUACAGCCUUCGAAAACGCGACACCUUGUAUCCUGAACUAAAGUUGGCGAUAUUUGCAAGGAAACAUCACAGUAGUGAACAUCAUGCUGCGUCUGCCAGGUUGUGUCUGAUUUCCUGGAAUUGAGAUGACACAAGAAGAAUGUCAGCGGGAAAUAUCGGCAUAACCAGAGGUGUCAUACCCACGUGCUGGUAUCUACUUGAUUUUAAAACUCUAUUGCACUGGUUAAUCGACCCACCUACUAAGGUUGCUUGUCUGCGAUAAUCAAUGCAUCUUUCUCCUGAUGUUGUCAACUAGCACGGACACUAUACACGACAUGAUAUUAUAGAUUGUCAAGACAACUGUCACGGGACGAAGUAUGCAUGCAUGUUUCUCGAAGUCUUAACAAUGUCAUCCCUCACCAUGAAGAGACACUACGCCAACACGACUAUAGUCUACCAAAGAGGAGUGAAGUUGAUAUUCAGUUCUACACCCAGCAUGUUGCGACUCCGAAUCAAGAGGCUCGUACUGGCCGCAAUGGCGGCUUUGUUCGUGCUUGUAGUGUUACGGGCGAGUAUCAGCAGUUCCGGUUCGGGUGACGCUUACGUCUCCAGCAGAGAACACUCGGGGUUUCAGGACUUGGCUGGCAGCCACAAGGUCCUGGAACCGCUUAUCAUACACAAGAAUAUGGAAAUAAUACCACCUGAGGUAGAACCUCCACAGACAGCAAAGAAGACAGUAAAGAAGACUGAAGAGGUAGAGAAGGAAAAAGUGAACGUUGACCCGGCCGCUCCCGAUGAUGUCAUGUCAAUGACACAGCCAAAUCUGCUAUCCAACUUUAAGAACCCAUGUUGGCGGGAGACAGUUAGUACCAGCAACAAGGUGCGCUGUUUACCCUACUUCCACCUCAUCGGUGUAGACAAGAGUGGCACAACUGACCUGUGGUUCAGGCUGAGUCAGCACCCUGACCUUGUGAAACCUAACGCUGUCUUGGGCAAGGAGACUCACUGGUGGUCGUGGCGCAGGUUUGGCUUUGAUAUCUGGGCUAACAAUGCUCGUAUUCAGCAUUUUGAGGAAUAUUUAAGCGCAUUCGACAAGCCGGCUUUGCAGAUAAACUCGACAUCACAAACGUCUCACGGCCUUUCAGACUACCAUCAUCUCGUCACAGGCGAGGGUAGCCCCACCGUGUUCUGGGACAUGACCGGGUGGAACAGAAUCCCCCAGAACAAAAACAAGACUGUGGACACCGCGGUACUCACCCCCACUGCAUCCACCACCUCACACCGAAGGCCAAGUUCCUCAUCAUCUUCAGAAACCCAACAGACAGGCUGUAUUCCGACUACUUGUUCCUACAGUUGUACCGAGCGCCCAAGACACCACUGACAGCACAGUCGUUCCACACAGACGUGCAGACGUCGCUCCUGAUGCUGAGGCAAUGUCAAGAGCUUCACUCCCUCAAAGAAUGUCUCUUUAAUAAAACUUUACAUAUGAAAAUACCGGUUCGUAUUCCUGUAAGCUUCUAUGCUGUGUACCUGAAAGAGUGGUUCAAGGUUUUUCCAAGAGAAAAUUUCCUCAUUUUGAGAAAUGAAGACUACUCUCAAGAUAUACGAGGACACAUAGGAAAGGUGUUCAACUUUUUGGAUUUUAGCAAACUUCCUGAUCAAGAGUUGAAUCGUAUUGCCAAUAUGUCCCGCGCGUAUACCCGCAACAAGCAGCAUCAGGCAGCGGGACAGAUGUUGGCCGAAACACGAGACCUGUUAAACAACUUUCACAAGGAUCUAAACCUAGACUUGGCACAGCUACUCCAAGAUGACCGGUUCAAGUGGACAGAUCCAGUUUUGAAAUAAAUGUUGAGGCUUGAAUUCUGUAUGCAUCAUAGCGAGGCAUGUGUCAGACAAUUCCCCGUGUCGAGUUUGGUGAACUUUUGUGAUGUAUGGGAGAUAACUCUGAACAAUAUUUUACAGCUGCUGUUGUACGGGCACACUGAUUUCCCAUCACAAACGAAUCUCACAACAUCGGAUCUACUGCGAUGUUCUCAUAAGUGUCGUGCGUAUAGACGUGAAUAUGAAGGCUACAGUGUGUUUCAGAGGAUCCGUACAUGCACACCUGGAUAAGAGUGGGUCAGUUUCCAUGAGUAACCAAGGAGAACUGGUUUAAGUGAUGAUUCCAUGCAAUAUAUAUCUUGCAUCAGCACUUGUGUACUCAUCAUUGGUGUGGAUGCCGUAACGAGAUGCAUUGAGAUGCCACAACGCAGCUCGGUGUCCAACACUUUCUUGUGUAAUGAAGGGACGUCAUUCAAACAAGUGAUGGUUGGUAUCGGUUAUAGGAAAUCAGAGGUUGACAGAGGUUGGUUCUUAAAUAGUCUGAACAAUUUCUAAUGAGUUCUAACUUCAACAGACAUUUCCUUGUUGUAGACAUUACCCGUCCAUUACCUUACUCACUCACUCACUCACUGACUCCAUAGACCGCCUCCGUGGUGUAGUGGUUAGAGCGUCCGCCCGGAGAGCGGAAGGUCGCGGGUUCGA